GGGCCUCGUCUACUUAAAGAAGUACAGGAAGCCAAAAGAUCUUUUGGAAUUUCAAGACAGUAACACCAGAAUCAUAGAUGAUGGAGUGAAUCAUUCUGAAGGGAAUUCCAACCUGGUCCAUGUCCAGCAGCAGAAUGUUGCCCUCAUGCCAAUGCAGCCAGUACCACAGCAGUAUCAGCUGACAGCAGGAAGCACGGUGCCGGAUCGUGAGCCCCCUUCCCCGUCGGUGCAGGACAACAUUUACGAGAAUGUAGGAAGCCCCACGGCCAACAGGAUAGCGCGAGUGGAACUGGAGGCAUACCUCAACAAGGUUAUUGGCACCCAGGAUGCUGCAGAUGACUUUAAGAAAAUUCCAGCAACCAUGGACAAAUCUAUGGCGUAUGGCGAGCAACUUCAAGUCAAGAAGAAGAACAGAUUUAGGAACAAUUUACCGUUCGAUGAAACCCGAGUGAAAUUGUCAGUCAUCAACAACGAUCCCUUCAGCGACUACAUCAAUGCCAACCACGUUUAUGGUUUUGGUGGCUACUUGAGGUACAUUGCGUCCCAAGGACCCAAGGAUGCAAACGUCAGCACCAUCGGCGACUUCUGGCGCAUGAUAUACGAACAGAAGAUGGACAUCAUUAUUAUGGUUGCCAAUUUCAUCGAGGCGGGAAGGGUCAAGGUCGGGGAGUACUUUCAGCGCGGAGCUACUCUGGAGUUCGACGGCUUUGUCGUGUCUGCCAUCAAAAGCGAACAGCACCCACACUACAUUGUAUCUACUAUACAGGUCUGGAAGGGUGACAUUUGCCAUACCGUCACGCACUACCACUACACCAGGUGGCCCGACCAUGGGGUGCCCAGUGAAGCCCAGACACUGGCUGCCAUGAUGAGAGACAUCCUGAACACACACACGCAAGGUGGUGCUGUGGUGCACUGUUCUGCUGGCAUUGGCCGAACUGGCACUGUGCUCUUAGUGUUGCUGAUGCACGAGAUGCUAACCAUCGACGGUGACGUUGAUCCCGUGCAGGUCCUGAGACGCCUGCGCGAGUGUCGUGCACGACUGGUGGAGAAUCAGGCCCAGUAUAACUUCGGUCUCGAGGUUUUUGAUGAAAUUCUCUACGGCGCACAAACAGUGACUGCUCCGGCUAUGCUAGAUGCUGCACUACCACGCCUUUUGCAGGACAGCCACACUCUUUACACAAGAGCAAAGAAAUUGCCAACCGGCCUGACCUUCCGCAUUGGCUCUCAGGCCAGCGUGACGCACCUGAAUCGAUCCCAAGACAUACUUCCUGCAGAUAGUCGUAGCAUUUUCCUGAACACUGGCGAUGGUCAGAUCUCGUCUCAGUACAUCAAUGCUGUGCGGAUAAACGGGCUCGAUAAGCCAGAUACUCUCAUUGUGACUGAGCAUCCUCUUCAAGGUUCAGUGCUGAAAUUUUGGCAUCUUGUAAUAGAGAAAAACUGUCUAUCCGUUAUUCUUCUGAACUCCUUUGAUGUAUCUGAACAGGUGGAGUUUCCAGCUCUGAUACCGGAGAAUUAUUCCUACUUUACGAUAGGCUCAUACAGCAUCCAAACUCAACAUUUCCAGGAGUAUGAGGCGGUUGUCCAGUAUUCUUUGACCGUAACAACGGAAAAGAAUACAGAACACAAAGUUGUAGUGUACCAGGUGCGAGACUGGCCUUGUACCAGUGCUGUGCCAAAUAACCCUGAAGCCCUCCUCACUGUGGCAGACUUAGUGCUCUCUGGACCAACUAAUGACGGUCCAAUGCUGCUGUGUUGUGCGGAUGGCGUCACCGCGUGCGGGCUGAUGGCUGGUGUUAUUCUGACAGUGGAACGCCUUCAAACGUACCAGGAAGUUGAUGUUUACCGCACUGUAGUGAGACUUCUUCGCUGCCGGCCUCAGUUCAUCACUUCGGUGGUUCAGUUUGACUCGCUGUACCAAGCUGCUCUGAGCUACAUAGAGAAUUAUGAUACAUAUGCCAACUUCAGUGGCUGAAAUUGCAGUGCCUUUGAGAAAAAAAAUAUAAGGAAGAACUAAGGCUGAACAAUAAGAAUAUUUUACACGUUACGUAACAAGAAUAUUUCUGUUACGAGGACUCAGUUUGAAGUACAAA